GCCUGAGAACAGAAGGACCUCUAGCUCGAUAGUAAUGCACGUGAGUGUGUGGGCUAGAGAUUUACGUUCUUUAUUCUCGCGUAUAACUAAAGUUAACAGACGUAUAGCUCAAUUUACUUCGUUUUACAACUUAAGUACAUUUCAGAGCUUUCAUUUUAACUCACUGCGGUGUCAGAAGAGCAGUUUGAUGAUGGAGCAAGCAGCUAACGACUCAGGAACACCAGCGGACGUAAACACACCGGUGUCGGCGAAGGAAACCGCGACGAAAGACGCAACAGAAACUGGCAAACGCAAAAACGACGAGCCGGACGAAGCGGAGAAAAGUGGCCGAGGUAAGAGGCGAAGAGGAGCGGGGGGGAAGAAGCUCAGUCCGGGCGAGAGAUACGUCCCCCCGCCGCAGAAACGCAACCCAGGUGUCAGCUUCAGCCAGGAGCAUUUCGACGAGACGUCUUACUACUUCGAGGGUGGGCUUCGUAAGGUGUAUCCGUAUUACUUUGACUUUAAGACCUACUGUAAAGGUCGGUGGAUUGGAAAGACUCUUCUGGAUGUGUUUAACAGUGAGUUCAGAGCCGAGUCCAUUGAGUAUUAUCAGAGGGCCGCCAAAGAGGGUCGCAUCAAGCUCAACGAGACACCUGUGGAGGAUCUGUCUGUGGUGCUCAGGAAUAAUGACCACAUGAGGAACACUGUGCACCGCCAUGAGCCACCUGUAGUUGGCAAACCACUGGAGGUUCUGGUGGAUGACGGUGAAGUGCUUGUGGUCGACAAGCCUGCCUCCAUCCCCGUCCACCCCUGCGGCCGUUUCCGCCACAACACGGUGAUUUUCAUUCUGGGAAAAGAGCGGGGCAUCUCGGAGCUUCAUACAGUCCACAGACUGGACAGGCUAACCUCUGGAGUGCUGCUGUUUGCCAGGACGUUGGAGAAAUCAAAGCAACUGGACCAGUUGGUGAGAGACAGACAGCUUGAAAAGGAGUAUGUGUGCCGAGUGGACGGGGAGUUUCCAGAGGGUGAACUGAUCUGCGAGGAGCCCAUCCUGGUUGUUUCCUUUAAAAUCGGCCUCUGUCGAGUUGACCCGAAGGGUAAGGAGUGCCAAACCGUCUUUCAAAGGCUCAGCUUUAACGGAAAAACAAGUGUGGUCCGCUGUUUACCCCUCACUGGCCGCACGCACCAGAUCAGAGUCCACCUUCAGUACCUGGGCUUUCCCAUCGUCAAUGAUCCCAUCUACGGAGCCUCAGCAUGGGGUCCUCACAGGGGGAAGGGGGGACAAAUAGGAAAGAGUGACGAGGAACUGCUGCACGCGCUGGUAGAGGAGCAUCAAAAUCUGCACCUGCUAGAUAUUACAGAUGACUGCAUUGGAGUCGGACAAGAAGUCAAGAAAAACAAGAUAUCUGAGAAAACGAACAUGUCAGGUAGAACAGCUGAACCUGAUGAGAGUGGAGAAAGUUGUCAGACACAAGUAGACAAAAAGUUAGAUUGCACUGAGACAGGAAAUGUAAAAACUAAGAACGCCUCACUCACAGAAUCUCAGAACCCUCUAUCAACUAAUUCAAAUGAAAAUCAAACAGAGGCAGCUGAUUCUACUCAGAAAACGCCUCCGGGGACUCAAGACCACCUGUGUAGCGAAUGUAAACUGGUGCGACCAGACCCCACAGAGAAGGAGCUCAUUAUGUAUCUCCAUGCUUUACGCUACAAAGGACCUGACUUUGAAUAUUCCACUAGUAUACCUGAUUGGGCCAAAGAAGACUGGGUCGAAGCUGAAUAGAGCCUGAUGAACGCUGCUGAUGAGUUUGCCUUAUGAGAUACUUUAGGUGGUUUUAUUUUAAGGCUUUCUGAUUUUACUGUGAUGCAUUUUUCUUCACAGUUCUUUUGUAAAUUCUCUGAACAUGGCCUAAAAUGCUUUUUUUUUUAUUUCUGCUUUAAAUAUUGAUAGGAAAAUUUGCCCUCAUUUUAAUUUAAUCCCCAUUUUACUUGAAAGACUGUUUUAAUUUCAUCUUUAAAUCCUGUAAAAUAUGUGGUACAACAGCUACAAUUUGAAAUAAAUUAAAGCCAGACUGCAGGAAAAUAAA